AUGGCGCCCCCUCUUCUUCCUUUCAGAGACAUCAAUUUGCAUGCUUCGCCUUCUCAUUAUGCCUUCACCUCGCCUUCGUCACCCCAGGCCCCGACUCUUGUGGUGGACCGGCCAACGGGCGACCUCCGGUUGAACGAUGGGCCUCUCUCGGGCGCAAAGCGCAUCUCGAGCAUUGCGGGGAUUCUGGGAAUUCUGAAAUUGAAGCUAGACAAAUACAUCGUGGUCAUCACCAAGGCGCAGCCUAUGGGCCGACUCCGCGGCCACAUGGUGUAUAAAGUCGCCGCUACCGAAUUCCUGCCAAUGCGAGAACGCCCCCUCCACGAUCGGGAUGAAGACACAUACAUUGCGCUCGUCAAAGAACUGCUCCGAACCGGCCCCAUGUACUUCUCCUACUCCCUCGAUCUCACCAACAGCUUCCAGCGACAAUCGCAGAGUGCCGUCAACAGCCCCAUGUGGAAGCGCGCCGAUGACCGAUUUUUUUGGAACCGCUUCAUCCAGUCCGACUUGAUCGACUUCAGCUUGGGAGAGCAGGAAACCAGCGGCAUCCGCUAUGGCCCGCAGCCAGGCGUCGACCCGUAUAUCCUUCCAGUGAUGUUCGGUAUGCUGCGAAUUACACCUGCUCGCGUCAAGUCUGGCUCCUUCACGUUCGCUCUGAUCACUCGACGAUCUCGACACCGUGGUGGUACCAGAUAUUUCUCCCGUGGAAUCGACGAGCAAGGCAAUGUUUCGAAUUACAACGAAACGGAACAGAUUGUAAUCUUGAAUGACGCCACCGGGAGCUUGUCUGGAUUCGCUGGCGGACAAUCGAUGUCCAAUGAAAAAACAGGACAGGACCUCCAAGUGUACUCCUUUGUCCAGACCCGCGGUAGCGUGCCAGUAUUCUGGGCCGAGGUCAAUAAUCUUCGAUACACCCCUAAGCUUCAAGUGCGCGGAGUGGAAACUGCUGUCGAAGCCGCUCGCAAGCAUUUUGCAGAGCAGAUUCGUUUGUACGGAGAGAAUUACAUGGUCAACCUGGUCAAUCAGAAAGGCCGAGAGGAGCGCGUCAAAAGUGCUUACGAGCAGCUGGUUCGGAUCCUCAUAACUUCUUCUACCGAAUGCACCGAGGCUGAUGACAAGUCACCCGAAAAGAUGCAUGUUUUGGAACCAGGUCAAAAGCGUAAAGAGAUGGAUCGGUUGCAUUAUGUGUAUUUCGACUUCCACAACGAGACAAAAGGUCUUAAGUGGCACAGAGCUGAAUUGCUAAUGGGCCGACUUCACGAUGGACUGACCCAAGGCGGUUACUUCCGUGGUGUCGAACACCCUGGAUCCCCGGGCGGACAAUUGGAUAUUCGUUCCACUCAAUCAAGUGUCGUACGGACCAACUGCAUGGACUGUCUUGAUCGAACCAAUGUGGUUCAGAGCAUGCUCGGCCGCUGGGCGGUCACUCACCAGCUGAUUGAUGCCGGUGUGCUUCGGCAUGGUGAGACAGCAAAUGAUGACCAGGAGUUCGAAGAUCUGUUCCGCAAUAUCUGGGCGGAUAAUGCCGAUGUUGUGUCCAAGUCCUAUUCGGGAACGGGUGCCCUGAAGACGGAUUUUACCCGCACUGGCAAACGUACUCGGGCCGGUGCUCUUCAAGAUUUGAACAAUUCGAUCACUCGAUACGUGCGCAACAACUUCAUGGACGGACCCCGCCAAGAUGGCUUUGAUGUGUUUUUGGGUACCUACCUUCCCUCAGACUCUUUGCCUUCCAGCAUUCAGAUGUUCCUGGACCGACGACCACUUGUCAUUCAGGCUGUUCCCUACGUGUUCGCUGCAAGUUUGUUCUUGACACUUCUUGCUUUGUUCACGACAAGGUCUCCCGACUCAUCGGUUUGGCCUCUUCGCCUUUUCAUGGUGUUCUGGUUCGUCAUUACAGCCUACUGCUUCCGCUUCAUGUAUGAGCAUGGCAUGCUUUAUGUGAAUUGGCCCAAGCUCAAUACUCCCGUCGCUGGCGCCGAGGGAUACCAAGAUGCCAUGAUCAAGGCCCGUACCGACCCUGUUAUUGGACAGUGGCUCCCAUCCAAGAGACACCAGCGUGGUGUCAGCAAUGCUCGUUUGGUGUUCCUUGAAGAAGGGAAGACCAGGGUCGAGUAG